AUGAAAAACAUAAGUAGUAUUCAAAGUUAUUGUCGUAGUGAUGAUGCCCUUCUUGGAUGUAUGUAUUGGAACCCGUCUAUUUUCCCAUUAAAUCAACAUCGAUAUUUGAUUGCUGUACGUGAAUCAACGCGGCAAAACUGUGGUGGUAUGAUUGGCACAUUAACAACUUUAGCCAGAAUGUUUUUUAAACCAGCCAUAAGUAAUGUUCUGAUUGGUUCAUUGAAUCCUAAUGAAUUAAUAAUCAAAUCGAACAAACAAUUUACCGUUCGUCUAAAUCAACAACUUCCUGAUUCAUUUCAUUAUGAUCCUAAUGCAUAUCAUAGCGGACACGAAGAUCCAAGAUGGGUCGCUGAUGGAGAUAAACUUUAUUUACUAACAUCAUCUGAACGACAGUCCAGACCACAUUUAUUUUUGACUAGAGUGAUGUUAAUACAACAGCAGAUCGAUAAUAAUAUGGAUAGUGAUUUAGUUAAAUUUGGAGAAACAAUCGAAUUGAGAACUCUUUUUGACGCACCGUCUGCCCAAAAGAAUUGGAUGCAUGUACCUAUAGCUGCCAAUGAGAAACCGAAAGAGCAUCCUAAUUGGUUAUUAUUUGUCUAUCAAAUAUUUCCUACAUUACAACUUGUAUGGGUGGAUCCAGAAACAGGUCAUACCGAAUUAUAUGAUAAUUUGCUGCACUCACUAUCAUACAUGGGUAGCAUGCGUGGAUCUUCUAUGUUUAUAUCAGAGACUAACAACACAUAUCUUGGAUUUACUCAUACAUCCCAACCACAUAUAGCAUCUCGUACUGGUAUUGUAUUGAAUAUCUAUCAUUCUUAUGUAAUCAGAUUAGCCAGAGAACCAGCACCGAAUACAACAUCAUGGAAAUGGAUUAUUACUCAUAAAACGCCGCCUUUAGCCAUGCCAAUAGCGAGAAAUAAACGUGCUCAUCGAAUUCAAUUUGUAACGACAAUAACGCAACAUGAUUCAGAAUUUUGGAUAUCAAUGGGUGAUAUGGAUUGUGAUUCUCAUAUUCUUCGAAUUCCAAAGAAAUCUCUAUUGAAUUUAUUACAUUAG